GAAGCUUUUUAAGUAAUGUCGCUCCAUCCUCCCAGUGUUCCUCAAUUGUUGUUUGUUCUCUCUCCCUCUAUCUCUCAUUAGACAAACUAUGAAUCAAAACCAAAGAAUUGAAGUAGAAAGAAACCAGCAAGAACUGCAAACUUUGAACCAAAACGCAAGAAUUCAACCAGAAAGAGACCUGGAAGAAGAAGGAGUGCAAACCAUGAAUCAAGAGGAAAAAGCUAAACUGGCAAAAAACCUAAAAAAAAUGCAAACCAUAAUUGAGAAGCAGGAUGAAAGAAUCGAGAAACUCCAAUCAACAGCUUUCCAACUAGCAAACUUUUACUUCAUCUUCCAAGGAGUGAUCUUCACAGUAGUCUCCAAUGGCUCAUCUGCUGUCAAAUGCGACGACUGGUGGUUCCCCUUUCUCCUCUCUCUCAUCGCCACCUCGCUCAACCUGUUUGCACUGCUCGUGAUCGGAACAAAGUACAAAAGAUCACUUGACCAUCAAGAAGAAAAUUGUCGACAUUAUCAAGAAUACGAGCAGAGAUUGCUACAACGAGGAAGUCGUCAACAGGCUGCACAAAACAGGCCGCAACAACAGGCUGCUACAGAUCCAUUUACAAAGAAAAAACGCUCGGUUUAUCUCUUCUUGUGCAUGAGUCUUUUCGUUGUCUUCUCUGUAUUAACUCUCAUUGGUUGCUGGUGGAAUCGUUGUAAGGAAAUGCAUGACGUGAAGAAUCUACGAGGCGGUAAUGACGAUAAAUGUGUCAAGCUUUGUGAUAGAGAAAGAGAACUAAAAAAUAAACGAUAAAUCAUACCUUAUGGUGGGCCAUUUGGGGAAACAAGAAUCCCUCUUCCAUGAGGCACACAUUUGGAGAAGCAAUAAUCAUUUACAAGACUCUAAAUAAAGACCACUAUUAGAAAUUUGCAGUAGAUCAGCAUCUAGUAGCGGCCACCCCAUAGCAACAUUGCAGCAGCAGAAACCCAUCAGCCACCAGGGCGGCAGCAGCAGCAGCAGCAGCAGACCAACAAGCAAUAGCCAUCAGCCACUAGCAACAUCAGACCAGCAGGGCCUUUUUCCCAAGACCAUAAGACCAACAACAGCCCUUUUCUUGCCUUUCAAUGGUCCUCUUGGAAUUUUAGUGAGAACCUUGGAAUCAAACACUGCAUAUUGUUUCUGGAUCUUGAUCCCAUAUGAAUUCCAAUAAUAAGACACAUUGCCUCUACUUUAGAACACCAUUUCAGCAUUUAAAAAAAUAACAAGUCAUAUGAUUGUUCCAACAACUAAGUUUUCCAAAAGCAUACUAUGUUUCCAAAAGCUAUCAAACAUCACACAUUUAUAACAAGUGCAAUAUCAAGUUCUCAUUUCUGUUUCACAUUACUAUAAUAAUCCAUAUUCCAAUUACCAUUAUGCCAGAAAGUGGAAUAAAAUUUACCUUGGGUCCCUUCAUAGUUAGGUGAUCACCUUCACGAAUCUCUUAAAUAUGAAUCUUGAAAUGAAGCUGAGGAUCAAGAGGACAUAAUACCAACACACUUGCAGACAAAGAACACAACAAUAGAUCAUGAGUUAUGCCCAAAAGCUACUAUUUAUUUGAAUUAAACAAAAUAUAGUUGGAAGUUGCAAGUAUAUAUAAAUCGGUUAUAUAUUUUGCUUAGCCAUAUAUUCCAUGACUAGAAUUAAGUGUGCAGAAAUGUCGAGAUGAUUGGUUUCGAAAGUAAUUAACUAAGAGCUGCAAGAUUGAGGGAACUCUUCCUUACGAUGAUUUUUUUUUUUUUUUUUUUGGA